AUGGAGGAGGAGGCUGCGAGGAAGAGGAAGAUGCCUUGGGUCCCCCAGGCAGGCCCCGAGCUGAGGACGGAGAGCCCGGAGGACAAAUCCCCCCGUGAGACCCUGGUGGGAGAGGCCGUUUUGAAGGGCUCCCCGGCACAGGAAGGCAGCGGGGAGGAAAAGGGCCGGAGAUCCCCCCGCAGGAGGGGCUCCAAAGCCAACCCAGGGUGCUCUGAGGAGGAAAGAGCCAGCCUGUGCUGGGAAGGCGGCCGGAGCUUGAGAGGGAGCUCUGAGCUGGUGGUCCCUGAUCAACCUCCCAGCAGGGAGAAGCCCUUCCUGUGCUUGGAAUGUGGGAAGAGCUUCAGGCAGAGCUCCCACCUCCGCACCCACUAGCGCAUCCACAGUGGGGAACGGCCCUACUCCUGUGGGGAAUGUGGGAAGAGCUUCAGGGAGAACUCCAAACUC